CCGGGGCGUCCGCUCCGUCGGGGCACGCUGACGGCGCUAGCUCUCCCUUGCAGGGCGAAGGCUGCGGGUCUGCCUGCCUGCCGCCAGCCAUGGGUUUCGAGCUCGCGCUGGGUUGCCCCGAGGGCCACAGCGCCCUACUCCAGCUGCAGGAGGCUGAGCUGCGCCUGCUGGAGGGGCUCCGCAAGUGGAUGGGCCAGCGCGCCAAGAGCGACCGAGAGUACGCUGCCCUCUUACACCAGAUGCACAGCCAGGCCGGCAAGCAGGAGAGCGGCGGCCAGCCCAACAACAGCCAGGUCGCCCAGUGCUGGUGGUCGCUGGUAACACAGACGGAGGCACUGAGCCAGCUCCUGCAACGACACGCCGAGGCGCUGGUCUCGGGCCCCCUGCACAAGCUGGGCCAGCUCAUCCGGGACAAGCAGCAGCUACGACGGAGCUACAGCGAGCAGUGGCAGCACAUGAACCAGGACUUCCUCCGGACCACCCAGCAGGAGCCUGAGCGCCUGAAGGCACAGUACCGCAGCCAUGUUCGGGAGAGUACUCAGGCCAAGCGCAAAUACCAGGAGGCCAGCAAAGAGAAGGACCGAGAGAAGGCCAAGGACAGAUAUGUCCGGAGCCUGUGGAAGCUCUACUCCCUGCACAACCAGUAUGUGCUGGCCCUGAAGGCGGCUGAGGUGCAGCACAGCCACCACUACCAGCACACUCUGCCUGGGAUGCUCCAGUCCUUGCACAACCUGCACCAGGAAAUGGCCGACAUCACGAAGGGGACCCUCCAGGAGUAUGCAAGCAUCACCAGCCUGGUGCAGGAGGAGAUGGUCGCGGUACACCAAGCCAUGGGCAGAGCCAUUGAGCGCCUCCGCCCAGACGUGGAAUACGAAGGCUUUCAUCCCCAGUGCAGGUGUGGGAACGAGUCCCCUGCUGUGGUGACCUUUGACAUGAGCCUGCUGGAGGAGAUGGAGACAGAGGGCCUGAAAGCCGGGGAGCUCCAGCUGAAUGAGCUGACGCUGGAAAGCAUACAGCAUACACUCACCUCUCUGGAGGAGGAGCUGGCCAACGCCACAGAGAGCACCCGAAGUCACCAGCAGCGUGCCCAGAUUCUGAAGGCUGAAAUGCAGAAGGAAGAGGCAGCUGUGAGCCCUGGAGAACGGAUCCUGCUCCUGGGAAAGCGCCAGGCCUUGCAUGAAGCCCAGCACCAAAGCCACCUGGCCCAGGGCACACAAGACAAGCUUCAGGCACAGCGGGAUUUGCUGUGGCACAAGCUGGACAAGCUGGGAACCUGUGACCCUCCCCCUGCUCCAGCCCUGCAGGAGGACAAUCAAUCGGUGUCGUCUGGGGAGGCAGAGCGUGAUGGGGGUUGGAUCCCGGCCUUGGAGGUCCUGAAACAGCACAUCUCGGGCAUCUUCCGACCACGUCUCACACUGCCACCCCCAGUGCCCCUCCUGCCUGAGGUGCAGAAGCCCUUGGGCCAGCAAGCCUGGUACCAUGGCGCCAUCCCCCGCAUGGAGGUGCAGAGGCUGCUGCAGGCCAGCGGAGACUUCCUGGUGCGCGAGAGCCAAGGCAAGCAGGAGUAUGUCCUCUCAGUCUUGUGGGAUGCUCAGCCUCGGCAUUUCAUCCUCCAAUCUGCUGAUAACAUGUAUCGCUUGGAGGGCGAAGCAUUUCCCACCAUUCCGCUGCUGAUUGACCAUUUCCUGAAGACCAAACAGCCCAUCACCAAAAAGAGUGGUGUUGUCUUGGGAAAACCCAUCAUCAAGGACAAGUGGGUGUUAGACCAUGAGGACGUGCUGCUUGGGGAGCGCAUCGGGCAGGGCAACUUUGGAGAGGUGUUCAGUGGGCGCCUCCGCUGUGACAACACCCCGGUGGCUGUGAAGUCCUGCCGUGAAACUCUCCCGCCAGAGCUCAAGGCCCGAUUCCUGCAAGAGGCCAGGAUCCUCAAGCAAUACAACCACCAAAAUAUUGUCCGGCUCAUUGGUGUCUGCACCCAGAAGCACCCCAUUUACAUUGUCAUGGAGCUAGUUCAGGGGGGUGACUUCUUGUCUUUCCUGCGGAAUGAGGGAGCUCAGCUCAGAGUCAAGGACCUGCUCAAGAUGAUGGAGAAUGCGGCAGCAGGCAUGGAGUACCUCGCCAGCAAGCACUGCAUCCACCGGGACCUGGCAGCCCGGAACUGUCUCGUGACAGAGAAGAACACCCUGAAGAUCAGUGACUUUGGGAUGUCGCGGGAGCAGGAGGACGGCAUUUACGCCUCCACUGGUGGCAUGAAACAGAUCCCUGUGAAGUGGACAGCCCCAGAGGCACUCAGUCACGGCCGGUACUCCUCAGAGAGUGACGUUUGGAGCUUUGGGAUCUUGCUCUGGGAAGCCUUCAGUCUGGGAGCCACACCGUACCCCAACAUGACCAACCAGCAGACCCGCGAGUUUGUGGAAAAGGGAAUGCGCCUGAGCAUCCCAGACUUGUGCCCUGAGGUGGUGUACCAGCUCAUGGAGAAGUGCUGGGAAUAUGAGCCACAGAACCGGCCGAGCUUCAGCACCAUCCACCAAGAGCUGGUUGUCAUUCUGAAGAAGCAGCGGUGAAAGUACUAACUCCAGAACCCGCUGGGCAGCAGCAAGGGGUGGCAACCAUCUCCUGCACCAAGGCUGUACCUACUUGACUUCCUGCCGAGCCUGCAACCUUCAUGCAAAACCUUUGCUCUUGACACCCCUUUCUGGCCAUGAACACCUUGCCCGCCCCCCUCCAGCGAGCCUUCCAUCCAAAGUCAGCCAAAUGGUCUCAGCUGCGCCAUGGCCAGUAGACCCUUUACCCCAGCGGUUCACCCCCGUGGUUCUCAAAGUGUGUGGUGUGCCACAUUGUUGUGGCAGGAAGAUGCAAGCACAAUCAGAUAAAUUAGUACAUAAUUAUAUUUUGGGGAUGAUUUUUUUUAAUAAAAAUUAUGAUUUUUAGGUUUAUACAUUUCAAUAAUUUUACAGUCAUUUUAACAUUUCAAAACUUGACUUCCUUCCCCCUCUUUCUGCGGUUCAUUAAAUGUAUUUUAAUAUCUUC